GUAAACAAAAAAUUAAAGGGACGAAAUCAACCGAAGCGAACCAGGAUGCGGGUUGUGAUUCUUCUCUGGAGCAGGGCGAAUUUUCGAGAGGACGAUAGUCAUUGCAUUGUGCACUGAAAUGGUAGCCCUGCGGUGACAGUUUUAUUGGAAGAAAAUCCUACAACUGGAAGAAAACCACGAAUGCCGAUGAGGGAACAGCAACAAGUGAACCAAACUGAGGACUGAAAGCAUCAACUGGAGAGCCCUUCUGAUUCAUAGUUUCAAUUCGUCCAGUCAGGAGAAAGUUUGAGCAUCGCCAGCAGGUGGAGCUUUCCUGCACCGCGACCAAAGUAUCAACAAGAAGAUUCAGAAUGGCUGCUGUUUUAGGUGGUAAAUUAAAUCGGGUACUCAAGAGACUUUUUCCAGGCCGAUCAUCGGAGGAAGAUGAUCGGAACAAGGGAAACAAGAUACCAAAGCAGGGCCACAUUGAGAGGAAUGUCCUAAUGGAGUAUGGUCCGGCCGCAGAGGAUGGGGAGAAAAGUCGGCCCAGAGACAGUGGCGUCAGAGACACGGAUGGGGUCGCUGGAAUAAGCACAAGUGAGGCGACUGCUUGGCAGCUCAGAAGCUCAUUAAACACGGAAUUGUCAAGUGCCCGACAAGGAACAGUCUUAGGUAAGAAAUUAAAUCGGGUACAGAGAGAUCUCAAGAGAUAUUUUCCAGACCGAUCAUCGAGGAAAGAUGAUCGGGACAAGGGAAACAAGAUAACCAAACAGGGUCAGAUUGAGAGGAAUGUCCCAAUGGAGUACGGUCCGGCCGCAGAGGAUGGGGAGAAAAGUCGGCCCAGAGACAGUGGCGUCAGAGACACUGAUCCGGAAGCUGGAACCAGCACAAGUGAGGCGACUGCUUGGCAGCUCAGAAACUCAUUAAACACGGAAUUGUCAAGUGUCCGACAAGGAGCAGAUCCAGUGUCUACGAUCCCUGAUCUCCUGGCACAGUGGGAUGAAUAUCAACUUUACGAACAGACAAUGUUCUACAGCAACAAAUUGAAAGAAGCUAUUGAAGAAGGGGUUGAACCACUCAGUUGGAUGUUGACAAAGGAGGGACACUUCAGUGCACAAGAACAUGCAAGGGUCACUGAACUGGCAGAGAAGGGAAACCGGGCAGAAAGUUCCAAACUCUUCGUCAGUUUGGUGAUGGGGAAAGACUCGCGGGCCCGGAGGGCGAUGUGGGAAUCCUUUGAGAAAAUGCAGAAUGAGCUACCGAAGUUGGACAAAAUACUGAAGGAAAUACAGGAUCUCGGUCCGGAUCCACAUGAACACAUAAAUAUUAGCCGAGAAUUACCCACUCAACUGAAAGAUGUUCAACAGAAACACAGGGAGACUCUGCGGACACAAACUGAAACACUGAGAGUAAACACGAUCCUGAUGAGGGAGAAGGUGAAGGGUUUCCAGCUGGAUGAUCGAUACGCUGAGCUCACGGUCAUUUCUACUGUUCGAGACCGGAGACUGGUAGAAAACGAGGAGUGGAGAAAGAAACAUCUCUGCGGAGAGCUGGAAAAAAUCGGGACUGAUCAGUUGUUCCAGAGCAGCUUUUCCCGGAGUGAAAUCAAAUCUGGGAGUUCAGCAGCAGUGGUCGGAGGCCCGGGGAUCGGGAAAACAACAAUGGUGCAAAAGAUUGUUUAUGACUGGGCCACGGGGAAAAUAUACCAACAAUUCCAGUUUGUCUUCCGUUUCAGAUUCAGGGAUUUAAACUCCAUUAACUGUAGAAUAAGCCUGAGAAAAUUGAUUCUGGAUCAGUAUCCUUACUUCGGGAAUUUGCUGAGAGAGGUCUGGAAGAACCCUGAGAGAUUGCUGUUUAUAUUUGAUGGUUUGGAUGAAUUCAAACACAAAAUCGAUUUUACUGACAGUCGGAGAGAUACAGAAUCCAAGCACCAGUGCCCAGAUCCCGAGUGGUGGUGUGAGGUGUCUGACAUUGUGUACAGUUUAAUCCAGCACAAGCUGCUCCCAGGGUGUUCAGUACUGGUGACCACCCGUCCCACUGCGUUACAGUUAUUGGAAAAGGCUGAGAUCAGUGUCUGGGCUGAAAUCCUGGGAUUUGUUGGUGAGGAACGGAAGGGAUAUUUCUACAGACACUUUGAAGAUCAGAAGGUGGCGGCAGCUGUUUUCAAACACGUGAAGGAGAACGAGAUCCUGUACACCAUGAGCCACAACCCCUCCUUCUGCUGCAUUCUCGCUCUGGCACUGGGCCCUUUCUUCACACAAAGAGUCAGGGACCCUCAACGAGUUCCCACGACCGUCACCCAAUUAUAUUCCUGCUACAUUUACAACAUCUUAAAGAAGCACGAAUGUGAGAUUGAGAAAACUCGUGAUGUGUUAUUCGGAGUUGGUCAGAUGGCUUUCGCAGGAGUGUCUCAGAGGAAGAUUGUGUUUACAGAUGAAGAUUUGAUCGAGUACAAUCUCCAGCCUUCCCAGUUCCUGAUGGAGCUUUUGGAGAGAGAGGAUUCUGCCCGGGGUGUGGUGUACACAUUCCCACACCCCACCAUCCAAGAUUUUGUAGCUGCACUCGCACAAUACCUGACUCUAGAUCCUGGGGAUAUCCUGAAAUUUCUCACUGCAGCCCACAACGCAACCGACGGGCGAUUCGAGGCAUUUCUCCUUUUUUUUGCUGGUCUCUCCUCCUCAAGAACAGCUCGGGUCCUGGAAGAGUUUUUGGGUCCGUUUUCUGAUCAAACAACCUGUCGGGUGAUUGAUUGGAUGAAGGCGGAAGUUAAACGCCAGAGUAGAAGCAUAUGGAGUGAAGCCGGAUAUAGCCUCCUGAACACAAUGUACUACCUGUUUGAGUCUGAGAAUCGAGGACUGGUUCAGGCCGCACUGGGAUCUGUGGAAAGACUUUCAUUCAGUGGAAUGACACUGAUCCCGAUUGACUGCGCUGUCCUGUCACAUGUCAUCGGACUCAGUGAUACAAUAAUACUCCUCGAUCUCUCUAGCUGCCAUAUUCAGGGUGAAGGAUUCCAGUGGCUGGGACCUGGGCUGCACAAGUGCCAGGAGUUGAGACUGAACAAUGUCAGUCUCACAGAUUCCGGUGCCGAGGAUCUCGUCUCCACUCUCAGUACAAACCGAUCAGUGAUGGAGCUGAAGGAAAAUAAGCUGGGAGAUUCAGGAGUGAAACUGGUGUCUGCGUCUCUGAGGAACCCAGAGUGUAAAAUACAGAAACUGGAGCUGGGUCAUGUCGGUCUCACAGAUUCUGGUGCAGAAGAUCUCGUCUCCGCUGUCAGUAAAAACCGGUCACUGACGACGCUGUACCUGGGAUUAAACUCGCUCGCAGACGGAUCAGUCCCCGUUGUCCGCCGCCUCAUACUGUCUCUCCUGCGUCUGAAGUGGAUCCGACUGGUAGGGAAUCGAUUCUCUUUGAUCGGGAAGGAGAAACUGAAAUCUCUGGAGGAAAUCAGACACGGACUGAUUGUGAUCACCUGAAUGUGUGAACAGCCCAGUUUGGGGACAUUUUGGCCUACUCCACGCCCUUCUCUUUAACGGCCACGCUCCUCUUUUAAUGUCUGCGCUCCAGAUUGACUUACCAAUGGUAUUAACUAAUCUUGUCUCUAGCCGAGCCUUGUGUGACAUCCAGGUGUUUCUGAAAUCAUGUAAUUCCGCCUCCUGUCAGCGGCGCUUCUUCCGCCGUAUGAUCGGGUCCGAGUGCUUCACCAAGUGACGCCCUGUGGAAUUACACAGUCUUGGAAAGUCCGCCUGCGGGGCUCAUUCUGGGACACCAGUGUUCCGGGCUGGGAUUAUCCAUAGGGAAGAUUCCUUUGCUCCCUUUGCUGAGGACGGUGCAUUCUUUGCUAUGUGGAGAUAUAAUGAUGUUAAAUUGACACAUACCUCGGUAGUGACCCUGGAUCUGCGGUGAUCGCGAACACUGCCGUGAAGUGUAACUUUGUAAUCAUCGGUUCCCCGACGCAGAGUGAUGAUGAGAAACGGGACUGAUCAUUCACCCUGUCACUCAUUGCCGUCGGUCAAUUAGUUGCUUGUGUCUGUGAGUAAAUCGGGAGCAGCUAAUUUAUUCCCGCACGUUAGCAGGAAUUGUAUAAUUUACAUUUGUCAUGAUUAAAUCAACAAACCGCUGUAGCUUCCAGUCGUGGUGCUGAACUU